UUAGAAAGGUCUAACGAACAAGGAAUUGCAUAGAGACCAGAUUGUUUUGUACGGAGCGCUGCACGCUGGCUGUAGGGGGAGGCGUCUAAUUGUGGAUUCUUUUAUCAUUAGCGCCACAUUGUGGAAGGAUUAUCGCCUUCCGGGUAAUACGAACACCAGCGCUGUCUGCUGACUUACAGCAAAUGCCAUCUUGUUUUCCGUACAGCGAGGACGCCGCCAUCUUGUACGGAAGAACAUUGGGAUUGGUCAUGGUGAUAUGCUGCGCGGCACCCGAUUGCACCAACCGGCAAGGGAAGGGGAAAGGGAAGAGGGGGGCCGUGUCCUUCCACAGGUGCGCUGUCACAGAGAUAUGAAUCUGUUUCCACUUAAGGAUGCAGAUCGUCUUUAUCUCUGGACAGUUGCCAUACAGCGAAGUGACUGGACUCCAGGGCCCUACUCUUUCUUGUGUAGUGAACACUUCACACUGGAUAGCUUUGUUCCACGUAUGCCUGACCAGCACCCGCUUCUUAGACCAGAUGCUGUCCCCUCCAUUUUUGAAACUGGAAGGGGAAACCAAAGAAAAGGAGCCAUAGACAAGCACGUUCUUGGCAUUGGAGGAAGAAAGUAUGUUCAGAAGAGAAGAGCUCCAUCUUCUAUAGAGGAGAACACGCCACCCAUGUACUCCAAUGAGGAGGUUAUGAAAGAAAAUGAGCUUCACUUUGACAUUAAUGGCCAAGAUGACAUGAACCCCAGUUUUCUUCCUAAAGCAUCACCCGUUACCACAGUUUGUAGGUUUAUCUACUCCCUGCAUUCGUAUAGCCGGUCUUCUACAACCUCCUUAUUACAAAAUGUAGUAAACAUGAAGGUUCCACCUCAUCCAGGUGUAGAGGAAACAGAAAUGACUUGUGAAUUUUUGUCUUCUACACCAAAUGGUCAGUGCCUUUCCUCUGCCGUACAUGACGGUGAAUAUUUCUUGUCUCAGGUAGACCAUUCUCUGGGGUUGUCCUGCCAUGUAGAAGUUAGUGAUAACGCAGAGUUGAACUCCAUAACAAAAGACCCUCCUGAAUUGGAGGAUACUGAGAUUAGCACUAUGCUCUUGGAGUCUUAUGAAGUUUGUGUAGAGGAGCCCUGUGAUUAUACAGGUGAACCAGAGGAGUUUCUGCUUCAAGAAGAUGAUUACCUGGAUCCCAGCCCUGUUAGCUUGUUGCAUUCAUACUGCUCUACCUCUGACCCUCUGCCUAAGAAGAGACACCAAUGCCUGACAGCAACGUGUGAUAUGGAGUGGAGUGCUGAGCAAUCUAGCAGAGAUCCAUUCAAUUUAAAUAAGCAAGAUGCACCACCUUUGAACCCUGUUGUGGCCCCUUUGGCAUGGAUGCUGGGGACCUGGGUGUCAGAUCCCUUUGGGGAGGGCGAGUUUCCCUCGAUACCAACAUUUCGCUAUAUGGAGAAAGCUGUCAUAUCACACGUUGGCCAGCCUAUGCUGAAUUUCACGUUUUGUGCCUCCAACCCUGAAACUGGGAAGCCACUGCACAGAGAAUGUGGAUUCAUCCGUGUGAAGCCGGGAACCAACCAGGUGGCAUUUGUAUGUGCCCAGAACAUAGGUGUUGUGGAGGUGGAAGAAGGGGAAGUACAGGGGGAACAGCUUACUCUGACCUCACACUCGCUCAGCAGAAUGAGCUUUGCCAAGGAGCCGCAAGUGCAGCAGAUUUCCCGCACCUUCCGUCUGACUGCUGAAGGAAAACUAGAACAGACCGUCUCCAUGGCAACCAGCACACAGGUCAUGGCUCCUCACUUGCGGGUUACAUACACGAAAGUGACCUCAUAAUUGCUUGUGUCCAAGAUUUGGAAAAGCCUUAGAGUUCACAGGACCUGAUAAUGGUCAAAGCUGCUGAAUGUUCUAGACUGUCCUAAUAAAUGGUUUAUUUUUCCAGAAACCUGAACUAAAAAAAUA